CUUCCGUGUGAACGAAGCGUCACAUGGCGCUCAGCCUAUUAUGAGCCGAGGCAGAACAUUGCGGCGGCCGGCGAUAGGCUGAGCGCCAUGUAACUCUUCGUUCACACGGAAGUAUGAGGAAGAUGGCGCUGAGCCUAUUAUGGGCCGAGGCAGAACAUCGCGGUGGCCGGCGAUAGGCUGAGCGCCAUGUGUCGCUUCGUUCACACGGAAGUAUGAAAAAGAUGGACCGGAGGACGGACCAGCUGUAGUGGCGUUCUGCGGGAACCCAGGAAGGUGAGUGAUGGUUUAUUUUCUUUUUUUUUUUUUUUGCAGCCCGGGCAGGACGGAGCAGGAGUAGUCUUCAUCAGAGUACUCCUUUUAAGGUUUAUGUAUGACCACACAGAGAAUACUAUAUAAAAUUGGAGACACACUGAAGUACAACAUGAGCUUCAUUCAUUUCUAUGGGCAUCCUUUUACUGAUCCUUAUAAGGAAGAUUCAUAAUACAGCUGUGUGCAUACAGUCAUAAGUGAUAGUGAGUUUCUCUGAAUCUAGAGGUUAGAGGUUCGUUAAAGAGUACCUAUCAUCAAAAAACUUUUAAUAUACCGUCCUGGCAUGAGUCUGACAUCUCAGUGCAGCCAGUCUGACAAGCAAGCACAGCAGAGGUCAUAAGGCUCCUGCAGCAGCACGGCAGCUCUGUGCUCCGAUCUUGCUCCUUUCUGUGAGACACAUGCUUUAGUAAACUGAGAGGAGGAGACUCAGGAGCUGCUGGCUGUGCUGUGUUCACAGCCUCUAUGCAUGCAUAGAGGGAUUUCAGCAUAGACGAGGAAGGGCAGGCCAUGCCCCCUCCCUCCACAUGGACUGCAGAGUGAGCAGAGAAGAAGCAAAAAGCUGCAAAGGUUUUUUUUUAGAAAGAAAAUGAAUGCAGGGUUAGUGUCAGGUAGAGUCAGGGACAGAUGGGGGGGGGGGGGAUAAGGGACAGUUUAGUUCAUGAUAGGUACUCUUUAAGACCCCUCUAACUAAUGGCAUUUUGUGUCCCUUGACAGGCCAACCAGCACUAGAUGUAGGGGAAAGUGCUAAAUUGUGCAAGGGGUAAAAUUCCUAAUGUAUAUUCAUGAGCAACUAUUUUGAUUAGAUAUAUACAGAUGAAUCAGAAUAGCUCCCAAUUUAAGUUAUAAGAAACAAAACCUAAUGGUGCUAAAUAUAUUUACUAUUCAAUUCUAAUACACUUGGUCUAAACACAAAUAAGUUGUAUACAUCUAAAUAGGGAAUAGGGAAAAAUAAGAUUUUUAAUAGAAGUAAUGUACAAAUCUGUUUAACUUUCCGGAGCCAGUUGAUAUAUAAAAAAAAGUUUUUGCCUGGAAUACCCCUUUAACCCUUAUAUACAUGUUCAAUGAAUUGUUGCAUGAAGCCAUCUGGAUGUCAACUGUGUCUGAAAAUAUUGAUGUAUAGGAGAUUAGAUUUUCUUAAAGCAUAUUAUAGCAAUAAUCCAUUAUUAAUAUAGAGUACAUUUGUAGUUGUAUAAACCUUUCUGUUAAUUCUAGUAUACAACUGAAAGGUUAUUCUUCUUAUAACAAACGUAUUACAACAAUAAUAGUGAUACACAAUUUUGAAAGAACAUCAUCUUGGCUUACUAAGGAACUUACAAAGGACUAAACAAGGGACUUUUAAAAGGCGUGAGGAACUUUCAAAAAAGUGUCCUCAUACCUGCUAGCAAAGAGACUUUCAAGUUCCUACGCAAUGUGAAAUGGACAGGGUCCCAGUGUCAUGUGUGCGGGGAUUUGGCAGCUGACAGGGGGAUGGGAUCUGAGCUGUCCUUCCUGGGGGGGGGGGAUGAAGGGCACGAUAACAGCUGUUGUGGAGAAGUUUGUGUGCAGUUGGGGUCUGCUUGUGUGCAUGUUGCUUCAUGUCUCUUCUAUAGUGAGCUGUAAUGAUAUCUUUUUGUCUGUCUCAGAAACAUAUUUUUUUUUCACGUUUUAUUUUUUCCCUAUUCAAACACCUUGCUUACAUACAGCUUCAUCUUUUUCUUUCCAUUGUAAUCUGUUUAUCACACAGUGUCGAUUUCUACUAACUGGCAGCACAUAAUCUCGCAUGGCUGCACUCAGCAACUGUUUGAGCGCCCUGGUAUGUCUCUGCUCAGAGAUUUGCGCCCGUAUACUGGGUAGUGUUUGUAUGAGACGCGGGUACCAUUUGUGGCUGGCAGCUGUAGUCAGUGUGACUCCCUUUCUUCAGGAACUAAGUAACCCUCGAAGCAUUUUCUCCAACUCCAACAAUUUCUUCAAUGUGAAAUUUGUUCAUUGCUCCUGUGGCUGGACAUUUCUGCUGCUUUCUGGAUUUGUUCUGCUAGUCUCUUUAGUACCCACUGGCCGGCCAUUACUCUCACUGAAGCAUCUUUCAAGGUUAGGAGUAAGUACAGCGGUUUGCCAAGGUAUUCCUUACUUAUUUAAACUCUUAGAAGAUCUCACUGGUGCCUGUCACCAACCAAUGCCACCUGGUACACUACUUCUUCAUCGACUGGAAACCAGGCAAAGUUGUCAAGCAGAAGGACACCAAUGGCAUGGCUACCAUGUCUCUCCACAGACUUUCACACUGACAUUGUGUAGUCUUUGUUUGGCAGAAGAACUGGCUGUGUUUGGGCGCUAUUUGCGAAGAGGUUAUCCAGCUGGCACUUCUCUGCGGUUAGUCUUCCUGCUGAAUGCCAGUCUUCUGAUGUUGUAUAAUCUGCUUUUGAUUUGUACUGCACUUUAUGCUCCUAACUAUACCCAGACUGUGAUUGGGGCAGCCAUUGGGACCCUGUGCUGGCACCUUACCUAUCGCGGCUGGUUCCGUACAAUCACCUACUCACCUGGUCCACCUGGUUCUGGCAUGUUUCCCAGAUUGGCUGGAGCAAGAAAUAAACUAGGAUGAAAAGAUGGGGCAUUUUUACCUGGAAAUAUAGACAUUCUUGGUUAUUUUCCAUUUCCAUUCUUUAACAUAAAAUGAUUUUGUAAUUCCUGCCUGGAUAAGACUAAUAGUGCAAGCUGGAACUCCAACUGGUAAUGGAAUUACUCUCAUGACAAAAACAUUACAGGGCAUUGGGACAGAUAAGACAACAGGAGAAAAAGGCUUCUCCAUUAGCCGAAACACAAUAACAAAGAUGAACUGCAAAAAAAUACCUUAAUGUUUGCAAUAUUUGGUUAUUGGUAAAUGAAGACAAAUUGAUGGUGAGCUUAGACGUGGCAGAAAUAUUGUGGAUUUGGCACUGAAAAUGUGACAAGCUGCAGUUCAAAACAUAUAUAUAUAUAUAUAUGGGCCUUAAACCUAAAUAGCGUAAAGAAACUGUGUCAAAUCCGCUGCAUGCUUAUUAUUAUGCAGAAAGUUAAUUUUGCGCACAGAUCUCAAUGACUUUUGUGCACAAAUCUGGUGCAAAUCCACUGCGAAUCCAGCCUUACAUAUUUAUAUGUUUUUGAAGAAGAUGGUUGAACUACUGUAACAAUUACAUUAUUAAUAUAAUAAAUUAUAUUAUUAAUAAGU